GUUAGCCUCAGCCGAGGCAAACAACAAGCAUGAGAGCGUCGCAAUCGUCUGCAGUUCUUUUAUAAGAGAUAGAAGAAGGGAGAAAGUUCAGCAUCGGCUAUAUAAAGCACUUGACCGUGACUUUGAGAGCGUCAUAGCUGUAGAGAACUUUGCGACGGUGCUACUAGCGUACAUUUGAAUGCGGUUCAAGCGGAUUAAUUCAGCGAUCCAACAGUUAUCGCUUAAUCCACAACGAUGAAAAUUCUCAUUAUAGCAGCAGUCUUAGGGGCUGCACUAGCAAUUUACGAGGAAGGUCAUGGAAGGUCAACAUACCAUGAAACUCACCGACCUGUAGAGAUUCCAAUAUACAAAAAGUAUGCUAUUCCUAUACCACAUCCUAUCCCAGUAUCGGUGACUCAACAGAUUAAGGUACCAAUUCCUCAGCCAUAUCAAGUCCAGGUACCAGUUCCGCACCCAGUUCCAGUCGAAGUUGUGAAACACGUCGAAAUUCCCGUAGAAAAACCUGAACCAUAUAUAAUCGAAAAAAAGGUACCAUAUGUCAUUGAAAAACCAUAUGCUGUGACAGUGGAAAAACACUAUCCAGUGCCAAUUCCUAAACCUUAUCCAGUGCACGUACCUGUUUAUAAACACGUAUUUCAUCAUGAAAGUAAAGAUUGGGAUCGAUAACCUUUUAUUACACAGAAUAAAUAGAAAUAGGAUCUAGUUUACUUGUAAUAAAUGUAAUUUUAUAGUGUUUAAUAUUAAUUCGUACUCCUGAAAAUAACCGUACAAAAUGGCUGUAAUAUAUUUUGUUAUUUUACAUAUAAAAAUGUCCAAUAUUUAUUAAACUUUUGUUACUUAUAACAUAGAAUAUUUUUUUUUUAUGACUUGUUAUUUUACAUACUAAAAAAUUGAUUAUAAAUUUGAGAAUGUGCAAUCUACAUAUUUGCUUCUGAUAUCUAAUUUCAUUUUUAUAAAUGUAUCGUGUGAAACAAGUGCAUAUUUGGGACAACUUUGAAUUAUCGUUAAAAAUAUAUUGAAAAAGUAUACUUUUUUGUAAUAAAUUCUUUAUUUGACUAAAAAAUCAUAAAAAUAAAAGCAUAUUCAAGAACAUAGUCAUAUUAAAUUGCAUAUACUCGUAUUAUUAAAUAAAAAUAUUGUCGGAUUUGUAUAAAAAACAAGCGUAUUAGUGUGAUCACGGUGAUACGCUUGAUCUAAUGAUAUUCUUUAUCAUUAGAUACUCUAAUGAUAAAGAUUGACAUGAGCUUAAACGACUGCGAUGAAAAGGAGGAGUAAGCCAGCCUUAGUGUUGGAGCAUGCAUAUACCGGAAAUUGUUCAAACGUCUAAAAUAGCACUGCAACUCCAACAUCGGAACUUUAGCGUUAGGCUUGCAACAUUGGAGCUUCAGCGUUGCAGCGUUACAGUUUCAGCUUGCGCCAAUGCUAUUUUAGACGUUUGAACAAUUUUCGAUAUAACUGUGCUCUAAUGAUAACACUGGCUUAUUCUUCCUUAAUAUCGCAAUUUUUUGAAUUCAUAUCAGUCUCGUCACUAUAGUUUCACUGUGAACGUAUUAUAAAACGAUUAAGUCGUGGUUAUAAAUUAAUUUCAAAA